ACGGGGGGGGCUCCGGUGUCGGCUCUGUCUCCAUGCAAGGGAUGGGGACGCUGCGGCUGGGGAGCCGUGCUGUCAUGUACACGGCCGAGACACUGCCCAAGGGCAAGAACCGAGUGAUGGGGACUAUCCAGAUCAUGACCGGCUUCAUGCACAUUGGCUUCGGUAUCGUCCUGACCACACUCACCAAUGUCUACUCCUCCAUCUUCAUCACCGGCGAGAUCCCCUUCCUGGGCGUUCAUCAUCUCAGGCUGCCUGUCCAUUGGGGCAGAGAAGAGUCCCACGGAGUGUGCGGUGAAGGGCAGCCAAGCCAUGAACAUCAUCAGCGCCAUCUUUGCGCUCCUGGGCAUCGUCGCCUUCAUCAUUGACCUCAACUUCAACGGGCUGUACCGCUCCAGCGAUGACUACUACAGCUACCUUGUCCUGCUCGCAGGGAAUGGCAUCUCCAUCGUGCUGCUCAUCUUCACCGUCCUGGAGUUCUGCAUUGCUGUUGCCACUGCCAACUUCUGGUGCCGAGCAACACGACUCAGCCCCAAUGAGGCCAUGCUGAUCGUGCCCAGCACCACCAGAGUGGACCUGGCUGUGGUGCAAGCAGAGCUGCCACAGCCGCCCAGCUACUCGGAGGUGAGGGGGCUCCAGGAGGGCCGCUCUGGGCCCCCAGCUCUUUGUGCAACAGCCAUCUCUGAGCGCUUCUCUUUCACAGCUGGCAGCUCCUGAAGUAUAGCUGGGCAGCAAGGAUGUCACAGAAGCCACCUGCAGCUCCAGGGCAUCGGCCCCUUCUGCUGCACUGCAGGCUGGGCCAUGCUUUGUAGCCCCUGAACUCAGCCCCUGUCGUCGUCCCCCAGCUCGCUCCUCCUGACCCCCAUACCCUGCCCAGCUCUCACCUCCUGGCUCUCUGGGAAGGGAUGGAGGUGGUCCUGCCCCAUUACCCCAGCCAGGUGCUGGGCACCACACAGCAGUUCCAUUGUCAGCUCAGCCCCUGCUGGCUUCACUUUCUCUUGAAAAUAGAAUAAUAAAAUGCUGUGGCCAGA